GCCACCGUUGACAACAUGGAUGACAUGAUCCAGCUGAACAAGACUGUAAAUAAUAGAAGUAAUGAGAAUAUCUGGAUUGGUCUUCAGAAGACGAGUGUUUAUAAAUGGCAGUGGUCUUCAGGUGAUCCUGCGCUCUUUCUGAACUGGGGAUCUGGAGAACCAGCCGGCAGUGAUAAUUGUGCUGCUAUUAGAAAUAGGCAGUGGUUUGUUGGGCUUUGUAGUGACACCUUAUUCUUCAUCUGCAACAACAUGAGCGCAGGACUGGUGUUUGUCAAUCAGUUGAAGAACUGGAGAGAUGCUCAGAGUUACUGCAGACAGAAUUACAUUGAUCUGGUCAGUGUGAGGAACCAGAAUGAGAGUCAACAGCUGGAGAAGUUCAAUAAUGACAGAAACUCAUCUGGAUCUGCAGUCUGGAUCGGUCUGUUCAGAGACCCAUGGCAGUGGUCAGAUCAGAGCAACUCCUCUUUCAGAUACUGGUAUCCUGGUGAACCAAAUAAUAGUGGAGGUCAUGAAGACUGUACAGUGAUUGGAAAGAAUGCUGAGAGAGAAUGGGCAGACGUCAAUUGUGAUAACCGACAGAUUCCUUUCGUGUGUCAUGAAGAUAAACUGAUUGUGAUCCAGCAGAAUCUGUCGUGGUCUGAAGCUCUGAGAUACUGCAGACAGAAUCAUGUGGAUCUGGUCUCGGUUCAGUCAGUGGAGAUGCAGCGUCGUGUGAUGAACGUGGUUAAACUGGCGUCUACUGAGGCGGUGUGGUUGGGUUUACACAACUACUGCAGCAUGAACAUGUGGCUCUGGGUCAGUGGAGACAUGGUGUGCUAUCAGAACUGGGCUCCAGGGAACGGCAGCACACCGGAAAACUGCAGACUGGAGAACAGAAAAGGAGCAGUUCAGUCUGGAGGAGAUCAGACCUGGAUCAGCCUUCCUGAAUCUCACAGACUCAACUUCAUCUGCACUAACUACUGAGAGAA